AUGCGAAUAAAUCAGUUUGCGAUAGGCAUUUUACACGAUCUUGUUUUACAAGUGACAUGCGAACAAGGUUACUACCAAACGCUGUCCCAACUUUGCUUGACAUUACAACACCAGCCACUGAAACAACCCCAGUUUCCAGCAGUGGAUCAUCCACAUCCCUAUUUCACUCAACUUCAACCUACAUUUCAACUUCUGAAGCCUUGUCAUCUUCAACAUCACCAUCGUGGUCAGUUACUUCAAGUACCUCAGCUUUCCUCGGAGCUGGACCCUCCUCUGCCUGGACAGAUAGUCGUCCCUACACCUCUUCUACGCCAUUACCUGCAACUUACUUGGCAGUGCCACCCUCCUCUACCCCCUCUUGGACAGUUUCUCACCCCUCCACCUCAUCAGCACCAUCACCUGCAACUUACUCAGCAGUGCCACCCUCCUCCACCUCAUCUUGGACAGUUUCUCACCCCUCCACCUCAUCAGCACCAUCACCUGCAACUUACUCAGCAGUGCCACCCUCCUCCACCUCAUCUUGGACAGUUUCUCACCCCUCCACCUCAUCAGCACCAUCACCUGCAACUUACUCAGCAGUGCCACCCUCCUCCACCUCAUCUUCGACAGUUAAUCAUCCCACCACAGUUAGCCACUAUACCACCUCAUCAACAUCAUCACCUCCAGGUAGCUUAG